UUGUUGUGUGAAGGUUUUGUGUGUUCUGUCAGGACCUGCAGCUUGAACUCAAAAUGGCGGAUUUUCAGAAAAACGGCUCGGAGCUCUGGGGACUAAAACAAAUAUAAAAUAUAGCGAAUGCUUUUGUACAGUGGAUUUUAAACCCCAGAAAAAACAAGUCGUUCGCACUGGGGCCAAUGUGUGUGUUUCAUGUUAGUGUUGUAUAGAGCUUUCAAUCCGUGCUGUUAGAAUAUCAGCUUUGUGGUGAAAAGUGUGUGUGUGUGUGUGUGUGUGUGUGAGAGAGAGAUGGCAGAGGAGCGCAGGCAGAAGGCGUGUUCGGUUCUGUUCUCCACCGAAUCCAUGAAGGUGAUGGCUGAGUGUGUGGGUGUGUCCCAGCUGCAGGAGGAGAGCUGCGUGGCCCUCAGUGAGGAGAUCAGCUACAGGAUUAAAGAGAUCACUCAGGAUGCGAUGAAAUUUAUGCACCAUGGCAAACGACGCAAACUGACAACAAGUGACAUUGAUCAUGCUCUCAAACUGAAGAAUGUGGAGCCUCUUUAUGGGUUUCAGACUCAGGAUUUUAUUCCGUUCCGUUUUGCGAGUGGUGGAGGACGUGAGCUUCACUUUUAUGAGGAGAAGGAAGUGGACCUGAGUGACAUCAUCAACACACCCCUACCUCGUGUACCCCUUGAUGUUUCACUCAAGGCUCAUUGGUUGAGUAUUGAUGGUGUUCAGCCUGCAAUCCCAGAGAACCCACCUCCAGUAUCUAAAGAACAGCAGAAGUCAGAGUCGUCUGAGCCCUUGAAGGCAGUUAAACCUGGUCAGGAGGAAGAAGGCUCCAUCCAGAGUAAAGCUCAGGGCACCUCCUCAGCAGAGGUCAAAGGAAAGGAGAAAUUGCGUCUGAAGCCCCGCAGUACACAUGAGCUCUCUGUGGAACAGCAGCUCUACUAUAAAGAGAUCACCGAGGCCUGUGUGGGGUCCUGUGAAGCCAAGAGAGCUGAGGCGCUGCAGAGUAUAGCCACAGAUCCUGGUCUGUACCAGAUGCUGCCCCGUUUCAGCACCUUCAUCUCGGAGGGGGUGCGUGUGAAUGUGGUUCAGAAUAAUCUGGCGUUGUUGAUUUACCUGAUGAGGAUGAUGAAGGCGUUGAUGGAUAACCCCACCCUCUACCUGGAGAAAUAUCUGCACGAGCUCCUCCCCGCAGUAAUGACAUGUAUAGUGAGUAAACAGCUGUGUCUGAGGCCAGAUGUGGAUAAUCACUGGGCUCUCAGGGACUUUGCAGCUCGUCUCAUGGCUCAGAGCUGCAAAACCUUCAGCACCACCACCAACAAUAUCCAAUCUCGCAUUACCAAGACCUUCACCAAGGCAUGGUUAGAUGAUAAGACCCAGUGGACGACUCGUUAUGGUUGUAUUGCUGGUCUUUCAGAACUCGGUCCUGAUGUGAUAAAGACGUUGAUAAUCCCUCGUUUGUCAGUGGAAGGCUCUCGGAUUAAAGCAGUAAUUGAUGGACCAGUUGUGUCUAAUAUCGAUAAAAUCGGGGCUGAUCACGUGCAGAGUUUAUUACUGAAGCACUGUGCGAGUGUGCUCUGUAAGCUGCGCUCAGCUCCUGAUGUAGUGGAUCAGUACAGAAAUGAUUACGGGUAUUUGGGUCCGAUGCUGUGUUCACAUGUAAUAAAAGCUCGAACACAGAACGUCCUACAGAGCCAGAGUGUGAACAGAACCACCCUGACCAUCACACAGUCUAGACCAUCCCUGUCUGUGUCUCAGAGUAGUGUGAGUGGGUCUCGAACUCCCAGCAUAAUUAAAGUGCCGAGCUCUCUCACCCUCAUGUCCACUCGGCCGGCCACGCCCACACAGCCAUCGCCCCCGGCCACAAAAUAUAUUGUCAUGGCAACCAGCGCAGGCCCCGCCUCCACACAGCAGGUGAUUACUCUAAGCUCCUCCCAGUCCAGCUCUCCUGUCACCAGCACAGUGCCAAGUGGCUCCGCCCCUCUGCAGCCGCUUGUUAAGCUGGAGUCAGGGGUCACAGGGUCAGUUUCGGGGUCGCGACCUGUACAGAAAUACAUAGUCGUGUCUUUGCCUUCAUCAUCAUCAUCUCUGGAGAAGAGCAACACAUCACCCAUUAGCACUGAGACCAAACCUGAACACACAGACACACACAUGACUGGCUGAACACACACACAGCAUGGGCCGAACAUACACACACGCACACACCUGACAUGCUGAACACACACACAGAGCAUGGGCCGAACAUACACACACACACACA